UGCAAGAGAGGAUGCUGAUGAUGCUGGAGAGGAUGAUGAUGAUGCAGGGGAGGAUGGUGAUAAUGCAGGAGAGGAUGCUGAUGAUGCAGGAGAGGAUGAUGAUGAUGCAGGAGAGAAUGCCGAUAAUGCAAAGGAGGAUGGUGAUGAUGCAGGAGAGGAUACUGAUAAUGCAGGAGAGGAUGAUGAUGAUGCAGGAGAGGAUACUGAUAAUGCAGGAGAGGAUGAUGAUGAUGCAGGAGAGGAUACUGAUAAUGCAACAGAGGAUGAUGAUGAUGCAGGAGAGGAUACUGAUAAUGCAAGAGAGGAUGAUGAUGAUGCAAGGGAGGAUGGUGAUGAUGCAGGAGAGGAUGAUGAUAAUGCAGGAGAGGAUACUGAUAAUGCAGGAGAGGAUGAUGAUGAUGCAGGAGAGGAUACUGAUAAUGCAGGAGAGGAUGAUGAUGAUGCAAGGGAGGAUGGUGAUGAUGCAGGGGAGGAUGGUGAUAAUGCAGGAGAGGAUGAUGAUGAUGCAGGAGAGGAUACUGAUAAUGCAGGAGAGGAUGAUGAUGAUGCAGGAGAGGAUACUGAUAAUGCAAGGGAGGAUGGUGAUGAUGCAGGAGAGGAUACUGAUAAUGCAGGAGAGGAUGAUGAUGAUGCAGGAGAAGAUGAUGAUAAUGCAGGAGAGGAUGAUGAUGAUGCAGGAGAGGAUGCUGAUAAUGCAAGAGAGGAUGAUGAUGAUGCAGGAGAGGAUACUGAUAAUGCAGAAGAGGAUGAUGAUGCAGGAGAGGAUACUGAUAAUGCAGGAGAGGAUGAUGAUGAUGCAGGAGAGGAUACUGAUAAUGCAGGAGAGGAUGAUGAUGAUGCAGGAGAGGAUUCUGAUAAUGCAGGAGAGGAUGCUGAUAAUGCAAGAGAGGAUGGUGCCAGAGAGGAUGAUGAUGAUGCAGCAGAGGAUACUAAUAAUGCAGGAGAGGAUGCUGAUGAUGCUGGAGAGGAUACUGAUAAUGCAAGAGAGGAUGAUGAUGAUGCAGGAGAGGAUACUGAUAAUGCAGGAGAGGAUGAUGAUGAUGCAGGAGAGGAUACUGAUAAUGCAGGAGAGGAUGAUGAUGAUGCAGGAGAGGAUACUGAUAAUGCAGGAGAGGAUGAUGAUGAUGCAGGAGAGGAUGCUGAUAAUGCAGGAGAGGAUGCUGAUAAUGCAAGAGAGGAUGAUGAUGAUGCAGGAGAGGAUACUGAUAAUGCAAGAGAGGAUGAUGAUGAUGCAGGAGAGGAUACUGAUAAUGCAAGAGAGGAUGAUGAUGAUGCAGGAGAGGAUGAUGAUGAUGAUGCAAGGGAGGAUGGUGAUAAUGCAGGAGAUGAUACUGAUAAUGCAGGAGAGGAUGAUGAUAAUGCAAGAGAGGAUACUGAUAAUGCAAGAGAGGAUGAUGAUGAUGCAGGAGAGGAUACUGAUAAUACAGGAGAGGAUGCUGAUGAUGCAGGAGAGAAUGCUGAUAAUGCAGGAGAGGAUGCUGAUGAUGAUAAUGAGCCUAUGACUGCUGCUUACUGCGACAACACGUCUACUGGAGUUGCUUUGAAAAUACAUGAUGAUGAUGAUGAUGAUGAUGACGAUGGUGAUAAUGAUUUUGCAUUUCAUAA